AUCAAAGCGAAGGCACAAAGCAAACAAAGCUGUGAGUGAGAGAGAGAGAGAGAGACAGAGAGAGAGAGAGAGAGAGAAGAGUUUCCUUCUCGCACCCACAAUUCUCUCUCCAUCCUCUUUGAUUCCAUUCAACCAAUCAAAGACCCCACAAAUCUCCACAUUUCCCCAACAAUAAUGCCAGCUUCCCCUUCAGAUGGCAGAGGCAAAUGGAAGAGGCGAAAGCGGGAGCCCCAAAUCACUCGAAAGCAACAACCUAAGCAAGAAGACCCUGAUGAUGAAGACGAAGACGACGCCUUUGAGGACGACAACAACAAUAACGACCACCUCGAUGACGAUACUGAGGAUCCCAACCCCAAUCCCAACUCAAAUCCGAACCUCCCACAAUCUGCUGCUCUUCCUGAUGCCAACAAUCUUGAAACUGAGGUCUUCGCUGACGGUGGGGUCCGCAUAUGCGACUUCCCUUCCGUCACCAAGCUUGCUGUGAAUCGGCCCCAUGAGUCGAUCUUCGCGAUGGUGGCUUUAGAGAGGGCGAAUUUGAUCGGAGAGAGUAGUGGUAGUGGUAGGGGGCAGGCGCCCAAUUUGGAAAAUGUGUCGUACGGGCAGCUGCAGGCACUCUCUGCUGUGCCUGCUGAGGGUUUGGGGUCUGAUCAGGAGAGAAAUGAUGGUGGGAAUUCUGCAUAUGUUGUAACGCCUCCUCCAAUUAUGGAGGGCAAAGGUGUUGUAAAACGAUUUGGGAGUAGAGUUCAUGUGGUUCCAAUGCAUUCAGAUUGGUUUUCACCAGCGAUGGUGAAUCGGCUAGAAAGACAAGUGGUACCACAUUUUUUCUCCGGAAAAUCACCAGAUCAUACACCAGAGAAAUACAUGGAAUGUAGGAAUUACAUUGUUGCUAAAUACAUGGAGAAUCCAGAGAAGAGGAUCACUGUUUCUGAUUGUCAGGGCUUGGUUGUUGGAAUUGAGAAUGAAGAUUUAGCUCGAACUGUUAGGUUUCUUGAUCAUUGGGGGAUUAUCAAUUACUGUGCAGCCCCACCAAUAUGUGAAUCUUGGAAUGGUGGGUCCUACUUAAGAGAGGAUCCAAAUGGUGAGGUUCAUGUGCCAUCAGCUGCUUUAAAGUCAAUUGAUAGUUUGAUCAAAUUUGACAGGCCCAGAUGUAGGCUCAAGGCAACUGAUGUUUAUUCAUCAUUGGCAUGCCAUGAUGAUGGAUUCUCUGACUUGGACAAUAGAAUUCGAGAGCGCCUCUCUGAAAAUCGUUGCACUUAUUGUUCUCAACCUCUUCCUGGCGUAUACUAUCAGUCACAGAAGGAGAUUGAUGUACUACUAUGUUCUGACUGCUUCCAUGAGGGAAGGUUUGUGACCAGUCAUUCAAGCCUGGAUUUUAUCAAGAUGGAUCCAUCAAAGGAUUAUGGUGAUUUUGAUGGAGAGAGUUGGAGUGAUCAAGAAACACUAUUGCUGCUUGAGGCAAUGGAGCUUUACAAUGAGAAUUGGAAUGAAGUUGCAGAACAUGUUGGAACGAAGUCAAAAUCACAGUGCAUUCUUCAUUUUCUUCGUCUACCCAUGGAGGAUGGCCUGUUGGAAAAUAUAGAAGUUCCAAGUGUGUCUAAGGCACCUGAUCUAUCAAGCAAAGAUUAUCAUGGACAACUACACUCACAAUCAAAUGGUGAUCUGCCAGGAUUCUGUCUCCAAGAUGCUGACGCUGAAAGCAGGAUUCCUUUUGCAAAUUCUGGGAAUCCAGUUAUGUCAUUGGUUGCUUUUCUAGCCUCUGCUGUUGGACCGAGAGUUGCUGCAGCAUGUGCCCAUGCAUCCUUGGCAGCUCUGUCUGAGGAUAAUAGGGUGAAUUCUGAGAGAUUACAUGGUAGAGAAGGUAAUUUUCAUGGAGAAGUUGCAAAUUCCAUUCAACAAAAGGAAGACAACUUGCAUGGUUCAUGGGGUCCAAGCGAGGCAGAGGGUGUUCCAUUAUCUGCAGAGAAAGUCAAAGCUGCUGCAAAAGCUGGUCUUGCUGCUGCAGCAACUAAGGCUAAACUGUUCGCAGAUCACGAAGAGAGAGAAAUUCAAAGGCUGUCUGCUAAUAUCAUUAAUCAUCAGUUGAAGAGAUUGGAGCUCAAGUUGAAGCAGUUUGCAGAAGUGGAAACUUUUCUAAUGAGAGAGUGUGAACAAGUGGAGAAGACCCGGCAAAGGUUUGCUGCUGAGCGGACCCGCAUUCUGUCAUCGCGGAUGGGACCUGCUGGGGCUACUUCACCAAUGAACCUGGCUGGCGCUUCUCCUGCCAUGGUUAACAAUAACAUUGGCACCAGUAGGCAACAAGUGAUGCCUACCUCUUCUUCUCAACCAACUAUUUCAGGAUAUGGCAACAAUCAACAGGUCCAUCCCCACAUGUCAUUUAUGCAACGGGGACAACCACAACCAAUGUUCCCAUUAGGGCCAAGGCUGCCCCUAUCAGCUAUACAACCAUCCUCAUCUGCUUCAUCAAAUGCCAUGUUCAAUCCCUCCAGUAAUUCACAGCCCAAUCUCAAUCAAAUGCUGAGGUCUGUGUCAGGACCUAGCUCUGGUUUAGGUUGAAGCAGAAGAAUAAAUGUAAAUUGGUGUUGUUUUAUGGUUAAUUCUGUUGGCUACUGGCUCACAUUCUCUGCUGCAACUGGGAUAGAGAAUGAUGAUACACUUGUUUGGGCCAAGAAAAGUAUCAUCUGCCCUGGCUUAUGGAGUUUUGAUCUGAAUAUAAGAUUGCUUGGCGCAGUUUGUAGGAUUUGUAACAAAAUAUACCCCUAGUGUUAUGAAUUAAAUGUGUACUGUUGCAAUGGAUUAGGAAAAUAUACUUUUCAAGUGAAUAAUCGCUGUGUAGAAUGUGCCAUGAAAAAGGGGGAUGUGAUUAUUGAUAUUAGUUUCUGUUAA